GAGUCCCGUGCCCUUGGGAGGUUGGUGUUGACGAUGUUCAGUUUGUGUGUGUUAGUGAGUUGCGUUUCUGCUCUCACCACUUCGCCAGUGGCACAGGCAGAAAGGGUUUCUGGAACCCCCACUACGCCAGAGAAGCACACAGAGCUUGGAGAUAACUGCCAAUUUCGUGGCAGAGAGGCCAAAUCUGAAUUCCGUCUGGAAGGCGAGCCUGUGAUUCUGCGGUGCCCUCUGACAUGGUCUUAUUCAGAUGCCUCCGCCAGUUCCUACCCCUUUCUGACCUGGCGUAAAAUGAACUCGUCUCAGCUGAUCCCGGGAGAUGAGCCAAGGCUGUGGGUGAAGGAUACCUCCCUCUGGGUUCUGCCAGCAGUGCAGCCGGACUCUGGGACCUACAUUUGCACAUUCAGAAACGCAUCUCAUUGUGAGGAGAUGUCCAUUGAGCUCAAGGUUUUCAAAGACACUGAAGCAUCCCUGACAUUUGUCUCCUACUUGCAAACCUCAACCGUCUCUGCCACUGGGUUGCUAGUGUGCCCUGACCUGAAAGAAUUCAUUGGCAAAACCGGUGGAAAUGUUCAGUGGUAUAAGGGCUCUGUCCUCUUGGAUAGAGGCAGUAAGAAAUUCCUCAGAGUGGGAGACCCUACACGCUUACUGAUCUCCAACACAUCCCUGGAAGAUGCCGGCUAUUACAGAUGUGUUGCGACAUUUAUCCAUAAUGGCACGAAAUACAACAUCACUAGGAAUAUUAAGCUCCGUGUCGAAGAAACGACGACGGAAUCCAUCCCUGUGAUUGUCUCUCCCCUGGAGACAAUACCUGCGUCUCUGGGGUCAAGACUCAUAGUCCCGUGCAAGGUGUUUCUGGGAACUGAUACAUCUUCUAACACCAUUGUGUGGUGGAUGGCUAACAGCACUUUUAUCUCAGUGGCCUACCCGAGAGGCCGUGUGACCGAGGGGCUAUUCCACCAAUAUUCAGAGAACGAUGAGAACUAUGUGGAAGUGUCGCUGAUUUUCGAUCCAGUCACAAGGGAGGAUCUGAACACAGACUUUAAAUGUGUGGCCAAGAAUCCACGGAGUUUUCAGUCACUCCAUACCACAGUCAAAGAAGUCUCCUCCACGUUCUCCUGGGGCAUUGCGUUGGCACCCCUGUCUCUAGUCUUCCUGGCUGUGGCGGGAAUAUGGAUGCACAGACGGUGUAAACAGAGGGCUGGAAAGACAUAUGGACUGACUAAGCUACGGACUGACAACCAGGACUUCCCUUCCAGCCCAAGCCAAAUAAAGGAAAUAAACUAA